AUGGACUUGCUCAGCCUCGCCAUACGCUAUCAGAGUUCCUCACCGACGGAUCCCAAUGGAGUGGACAAUUGUGGCGCAUACAAGAAAUUCAAUCGAACGCAGAAUAUUGCCAUCGAGUGCAACAGCGAUGAGUCAAACAUGCCGGGUUCGUUUUGCAUGAAGGUAGUACAUCAGAGCCCUCGAGGAUUUCUCUGGGACGGCGAUGGCGCUCGAUCCGACGGUGCGCCUCGGUAUCGGAAACUGGUGUCACCGGCGUGCAACUGGGGCGUCUACGAGAACAUUGAGCUGCCUGUCCUUGCGUGA